CUGUCUCACUAGGUAUAGAGACACGUUUCUCCUCAACCCCGGCAGCAUCGGAACUCCUCAUCGUCAACAACCCAAAAAGGGGUCAAUUUACCCUCAGGCACUUCUUCUCUCCGAAUCCACAUGGACCCAAAACCAAAUCCUCCCCAUUUCUGACGCGGUUUUCUCCCUCUGCAACUCAGCCUCUCCCUUCCAAUGGGUUGCAUGAAUCGAAAACCAAUCUUUUCCAUGUCUAAAUCACCACAGACGGCAUGGCCUUUGUUGCCGUCGGUAUUUUUGUUAUUAUGUUUUAUGGGGUUAGGAUUUGGUUCAAUUUAUUCGAAAGCUCUGAAGGUGCCUUUUACCGUUAAUGACAUGCUUCCGGUCUUGCCACAUCAGAUAUCAUGGCCUGUAUUGAACAAUUUUCAUGGCGCUAUCGAUUUGUUGCCGUAUUUCGUUGGUUCGGUGUCCCCCAGGAAUGGCUCUAUUCAGUGGAAAGGGGCUUGCUUUUACGAGAACGAGGCUCACCUUGACUUCACCCAAGGUGAUCGUGAUCAAUCUGGCUUGGGAGGCGGCAUUCUCUAUCUUAAGACGUCUGCAGCGCACAGCUGGACCUGUAUGGAUUUGUAUGUUUUUGCAACACCAUAUCGUCUUACAUGGGAUUACUACUUUUCUGCACGAGAACAUACUCUGAUGUUUGGGUCAUGGGAAGAGCCUGCAGAGUUGGAAUAUGUGAAGCAACACGGGAUUUCUGUAUUUCUCAUGCCAUCAGGAAUGCUUGGAACCUUGCGUUCUUUAAUGGAUGUCUUGCCUCUGUUUUCCAACACUGGAUGGGGUGAGAACGCUAACUUAGCUUUUCUGAAGAAGCACAUGGGUGCCACAUUUGAGAGACGUCCUCAGCCUUGGCGUGCAACCAUUAAUCCUGAUGAUGUUGAUUCUGGUGAUUUUCUGGCUGUAUCAAAGAUUCGUGGUCGGUGGGGUGGAUUUGAGACCUUGGAGAAAUGGGUGACUGGUGCGUUUGCUGGUCAUACAGCAGUUUGCUUGAAGGAUGAAAUGGGGAAUCUCUGGGUUGGUGAAUCAGGACGUGAGAAUGAAAAGGGUGAAGAGAUAAUAGCAGUAAUCCCAUGGGAUGAGUGGUGGGAUAUGUCUCUAAAGGAUAGUUCUAAUCCACAAAUAGCUUUGCUUCCUUUGCAUCCAGAUGUGCGUGCAAAGUUCAACAAUACUGCAGCUUGGGAGUAUGCUCGGAGCAUGUUAGGCAAGCCAUACGGUUAUCACAACAUGAUAUUUAGUUGGAUUGACACAAUAACUGACAACUACCCUCCGCCUCUUGAUGCUCACUUGGUCAUUUCUGUCAUGUCUAUGUGGACUCGGGUGCAGCCUACUUAUGCUGCAAAUAUGUGGAAUGAAGCUCUAAAUAAACGGCUAGGGACUGAGGAUUUGGACCUGUAUGGAAUUCUAGCCGAGGUUGAAAGGCGUGGCAUAACCUUUGAUGAAUUGCUCACUGCUCCAGAACAAGAUGAAUGGAUAUAUAGUGAUGGGAAAUCAACGACAUGUGUUGCCUUCAUCCUUGCAAUGUACAAGGAGGCUGGAGUCUUUGGUCCCAUUUCUAGCUCUAUUCAAGUAACAGAAUUCACUAUUCGUGACGCAUACAUGCUUAAAAUAUUCGAGAACAACCAAACACGCCUGCCUGGCUGGUGCAAUAACAAGGAUGGGCAACUACCAUUCUGCCAAAUUCUUGGCGAGUAUCAGAUGGAAUUGCCAGGAUAUAACAGCGUAGAGCCAUAUGCCAAUAUGAAUGAAAACUGCCCGUCCUUACCUCCCAGUUAUGAUAGACCUGGGCGUUGUUAAUUUUGAAUUCAACCCAUUUGUGUUUCCUUAAAUUUUACAAUGUGCCAGUUCCUAAGCUGCAAAUAUGUAUUUCCAGAACAAAUAGUUGGAUAUGUGCCUGCAUAUUCUCUUUCCUCGUUUACUGGAGAUAUGCACCGCUGUAUAUAAAUGCUUGUCCAGUAAAGCCUUACAUUGCUUGCAGUA